UGAGCCCAUGGUGGGCCACCCAUGGCUGUGCUUGGGCUGGGCAGCACCAUCUCUAUCAUAUAGAGCGCUGACAUAGUGUGUACUGAGCUGAGAGACCCCCUCCCCAUUCCGCGCCCGGUGGUUUCUGUCUGAGCGCGGACCGGCCAAAGCCGCACAGCACAAGCCGGCAUUAGUGCGGUCGUUGUUCCCGCGAGGGGCGACGGUUACUAUUUGAAAGCCGCGCGAGGCAGCAGAUAGCGGCCAUUUCGCCUGUGGCCGUUGGGGCCGUUAGCCAUACAUCCAGUGCAUGUGUCAGGUGAGCAGCGGGCGGCGGCCAGGAGCACUGACCGACAUAAGCUCAAAAUGGAGCUAGUAAUUUAAAGCCAGGACCUAACACCAAGAGUGACAAACCUGAGAUUUACUGACCUGCAGGAGAUUAUGGAAUUGGGCACCAACACAAAGGCCUUAGAUGAAAGGAACAAGGUGGAAAUUCAACAGCCCCAGCAUUUCAACAUUACAGUAAAACAACAUGCAAGGAAUCAAAUGAGGAAGAAGCCCAUUGGUCUGUAUGCAUCAAAGCGGAGGGCCAACAAUAAUAGAACACUGGACUCUCUACCAGAAAGAUCAGAGAGACAGCCCACUAUCUGUCUGUCCAGUAAAAGACUCAAUCAUUGCAAACAUCAAGAUUAUUCUCUCCGAACAUUGGGUGAUUAUUUCAAGUGCAAUGGGAGAAAUCACAAGAAUGGAAUAUUUAGUUGGAGAUUUCAGUCUACAAUGAGAGAAUAUAAAUGCCACCGAAAAAGUCAAGAGUUAAAAAAUACCAGGAAAGAUCUUUCUGGACAGGAGAUUAUAUUUUUACAUGACUCACCAAGAAGAAAUUCAGUGAAGAAAUCCUUUACGGAUUCAGUAUUGAAAACUCUGCAACAUAGAGCCUUGAGUGAGGGAUUGAAUCUUCAUCUCAGUAGCCCAGAUACAAGAAACAGAUGCAGUGAUCUAUCUGCUCUGAAAACUUCUUGCCCACAUGUCAUGAACGAGAAGAAGAGCAGCUGUCAUGAUGUCCUAAAACCUAGCAUUGCCAGUGAUUUAACAGAAACAUGUAUGACUAUUGAUGAGCUACAAAGCGGAGGUAUACCGAAAUCACCAGUAAAUUUGUCACCAACAACAUCAUUAGAGCCUCAAUGUUCACACACUUGGCUUCAAAACAUUAAAGAUACAAGCAAUCAAGUUGCAAACAGUGAUAUACAAGCACUGCACGAGCAUCUUUUGGAUUGGAGCACUCCUAGAAAGUUAUUGGUGCCUUGCAGUAGGCCUCUAACAGGUAAACCAAUGGCACAGGCUGCAGGACGUUUACAAGCUUUGGAAAAACUGAAUCAUUGCACUGUGACUGGCGGGAAAGCAUUAAAAAGACCAAGAACAAAGGGAAAGUCUGAAAGUGCUGCAUGUGAGGUUCCCGCAAAGAGAAGUGGCGGUAACAUGAUUUUGCAAUAUGAUAACAGGGGAAGUAAUGGCUUCAUAGAGACACCAACACACAAUGAAAUUGGAACAAAGCGUGUAAAGGAAAAUUCAGACUACAAUUUUUCAUCAGAUUGGAGCCCCCCUAAAAUUAAUUUUCUCUACUUAGAUAUAUCUUCAGAAUUUGAGGCAACAGUAUCCAGUGACGAUGAAGAGACGACUCUGUCUGCUGCAUUAGAUAGUGUUGUAAUGCAGACCAGCAAUGACUCCUCUAUGCCACAUUCUGAGGAGGAUUCUCAGAUCACAAUACAGAAUAGGUUUGCUAAUAAUAUAUCACACGUACUAUGUUCACAGUCUGAUGUGCUAAUAAAAUCUCCAAAUUCCAUUAAUAACACACUGAAAGACGUUUUAUCUUCUCACCUGGUCACCAUGGAUUUUACAAAAAGUCAUUUCGGAGCAACAGAUCAGCUUUCUUGUGAGACACAUAGGGCUUCUGAAAAGGCAUUGCACAUGGACCAGGCUCAGAUUCCAUGUCCAGGUUCCAGAUCGCAUUAUAAUAACAGCCAGGAAGAAAAUGUUAGCUGUAUCUCUGAAGAGAAUGCAAGCUUUCAGACUGACUGGGUGUCUCCUGUUGGCAUAUGCAUGUCUGAUGACAGUCUAAGCAGUGAUUCCUAUUGCUCAUUUACAGAAAACAACCCAGUGUCAGGCUCAGAACCAAAUCAUCCCAGCAAUAAUAAUGCCACUGUACAAUACAUUGACAGUGAUGUGACAAAACACACAAAUGGAAGCCCAGUUAUAUGUGAAGACUUAUUAACAGGUAUUCUGGAAUCCAGUGACCCUUCAGUUUUGAGCUCCCAUAGAUCUGAUCAUCUAAACUGCAAGAGACACCGUUUUGCUGUAGACAACGUUGAUUGCCUGAACCAAGGAGAUAAUCUUAGGCACUUUGACCACACGUUUCUGGUGCUGUCUGAACGAUUUCCAUCCACACCCCCAGGAGAAAAUGUUUUUUUCUUAGCUAAGCUUCUGCACUUACGUCGCAAGAAAAAACUUUGGGAGCUUAAAGUUUCAGAAGUCCAGGCCCAAAACUCAGCGGAAGAGCUAUUUCUCAGCUCUGGAUUUACCUAUCAGAUUUUUUUUGUGCAAGUUGGCUUUCUCAGCACCCUGUAUCAUCACAAACGUUGUCCUCGUCCUAUGCUGCAAUGGCUGUUUCAGCUUCUGUCAUCCACUGUCACCACUUCCCUUUAUUCCUUCAAGGCACUAUGGGAUAUCAGCAUGGACAACAUUACCAAGGCUAUUCAGGGCCAACAAGAGGAUUACAGCCAGUACCUGUGGUGCCCCAGUUUGGAAAAUAUAUUGUCUGUUCUCCAAUGCUUAGGAGCCAGUCACUUUGCAUUGCACCCUCUUGAGAGGAGGACUAAAGACAGAUUGAACAGAGGUGCCAGCACACUGCAGAGAAGCUGGCUCCCCGGACUCUCCCCUGCUGAACACAUACAGAGGGCAAAAAAGAGAGGAUAUACCCUAUCUAUGUUGGAGAAAGUGGGUCAAGACCAUCCAUACUCACUUGUCUUAGUGAAGAACUUAAACAACAUCUUUAAGUUCCUGACAUUGUGCGCCAUUGAAAGCCCCUACUGCUUCUCAGACAACGAUCUUUUAAUCUUCAUCCCAAUCCUGUGUAAAGUCAGCUUGGACAUCAAUGUGAAUAAACAACCUAUGGAGGAUCUGAGACAGCUUCUUCUCAUAUUGUUGAAUAAUGUGACAGAUUGGCAGACUCAGCUGUCAAAACUGUGCUUAUCAUUGAGCCAACUAUCAUCUCAUCACCACAAUCUCCUAAGCAUUGUCCAACUUCUUCCAGACAUUGAUAGAGCAAGGCAGUUAAAGAAGCAGCUAAGCUUAGUAAUCAUCACUAAAUUGCUGUCUAGAAGUGUAAGCUGUGUCCCAUGGGAAGAGAGUCUUCAACUGUCUUUCCUCUGCCAGUUGCUGAAAUACAUGAAACCAUCGGCUCUGAAACGGCAGCUGGAACAGGGGCACACAGAAGAGAGUGAGGGGUGUCAGAGCAGACAGGCACGAUUAGAUUGGGAGGAUACUUUAUCAUACCCCCUUUCCCUGGUUCCAAUGCCUGCUCUCCUCCCUGCCGCUAGCUGUGUGGUUAUCGGGAACCUUUACUGCUGUUGCUGCCUCCGCUCCCCUAAUUGACCAUCCACAACUAUCAGGGCUGCCGUCAGCAUCCAGAUCCUGGACCCCGCAGCCAUCUUCCAGCUUCUUGAAGAUCUCCCGACGGCCUCUAGAUACUGGUCCCAGAGCUUACCCCGACAAUGCCUCCAGGCUGCCUCUGGAUCUUGGACCCUGCGCUGAAUGUACUGACAUCUACGUGCAGCCACCAGAUCCUGGAUCUUGUGCUGCGUUGAUCCUGUCGUCAUCUCAAAGUGUCCUCUCAAGAUCCUGGACCAAGCGCAGACAUCUCCCGGAGGCCUCCGAAUCCGUGACCCAGCACUGAAUACAGCCAUCUGUAUUCCUGCAUUGCCUCCCAGCUGCUCCACAAUCUCCUGAAGUGACUUUGUAAGCUUAUUCCAACAUCUACAAAAAUUUAGAGACUCAACCUGUAUAACAAUUCUGAUUUUGCAAGACAAGGGUUUCAGUAUAUAGGUUCAUAGGCUUGAUCGGAGUUGUGUCAAAUUUAUAUAUAAAAAUAUACCUGUACCGCCAACUUUCGUUCUAUGUUAUAACUGGUUCAGUAUGAAAUACCGAUGGCUGGGAUGCCGGCUGUCAGUAUACUGACAGUGACAUCCCGGCCACCAGUAUGCCGGUAGCAGAGCGAGCGCAAGAAAGCCCCUUGCGGGCUUGCUGUGCUCGCCACGCUGCGGGCAUGGUAGCUGGCUGCACUCGCCACAGGUUAUAUUCUCCCUCUAUGGGUGUCGUGGACACCUAUAGAGGAAGAAUAGCCUGUCUCGCCAGCAUUGUACCUCUGUGCAGGAUUCUGGCGUCGGCAUUGUGAUCGCCGGGAUCCCGUGCGGCAGUAUCUUGACCGCUUCCCGUUAUAACCAUCAGAGGAUUGCAAUAGCAGAUUGUGUACCAAGUAAAAAUGCUAUUUUAUUAAUGUAUUUCGGAUUUCUUGUAUUCACUGUAUUCAAUUUAUUUUCUUUCAUUUUUUAAAAUAUGUUUUUCGAUGUAUUUUUCUUUUUUCUUUUUUUAGAAUCUUGACUUGCGAGCCGGCAGUGCUACUCUUAUUUCUUUUUGAUGUUUGUUAUUGUUUCU